CUGCAGCUGCUGUUUAUUGUUAAAGGCGCUCUAAAGGCACCUUGUUCUGUGUUAGUGUUGCUCUUUUUUUUUUUACAUUUCUAAAGUCUAAAGUCUUUAAUUUGGUGGAUUUUUUGCAGAAGUCUUUUGUCUCAGAAAAGGCCCCUGUUAUUAUGUCCCCGACCCUGAUGCGGUCCGCCCCCAGAGAGAUCAAUCAUUGGUGGAGCCAGAUUCGUUUCCGCCUCCAAAACAGAAAAGGAUGGAACGAGAUGUUGGAUGAGACGUUUUUUCUUCAGGCCAAAUGUGUGAAUGACAUCCCCCUGUUUUAUGAAGCCAGUGUGAACAAUGUGGGCUGCAUUAAGAAAUUGCUGGACUGUGCUACCACCAAUAUCUUUGAGCGAGGUGCUCUCGGUGAGACCGCGCUUCACGUGGCUGUGAUGCAUGAUAGUUACGAAGCUGCGGUGGCUCUGAUGGAGGGAGCGCCAGAACUCAUCAACGAGCCCAUGACUGGUGAACUGUAUGAAGGCUUAACAGCGCUUCAUAUUGCCGUCAUCAACCAGAAUUCAAAUCUGGUCCAGGAGCUCAUCGAGAGAGGGGCUGACGUCUCCACGCCCAGAGCCACCGGCAUGUACUUCCGCAAACGCAGAGGAGGACUGUUCUAUUACGGUGAGCACAUCCUGGCAUUUGCGAGCUGCAUUGGUAAUACACCGAUCAUCUCCAACUUAAUCAGUGCUGGAGCGAACAUACGCGCUCAGGACUCGCUGGGUAACACUAUUCUACACAUUUUGGUGAUGCAGCCCAACAAAAUUAUCUCCUGUCAGAUUUUUGACCUGCUGCUGACGAAUGAUGAAAAGACUGAUCCCACAAUACCACUGGACAAGAUACCCAACUACAGAGGCCUCACGCCUUUCAAACUCGCCGCCAAGAAGGGAAACGUGGUGGCUUUCCAGCACAUGGUGAACAGCAGACGGAUUGUCCAGUGGAACCUGGGGUGCCUGACCUCUUACCUGUACGAUCUCACUGAAAUCGACUCCCGGACGGACGACAUGUCUGUGCUGGAGCUGAUCGUCUGCAGUCAGAAAAGAGAGGCCAGAAGCAUCUUGCAGGUGACCCCAGUCCAGGAGCUCAUCACUCUGAAGUGGAAUCUUUAUGGGAAAUAUUACUUCAGGUUGCUGCUGCUGGUUUACUUGCUCUACAUCGGGACCUUCACUCUGUGCUGCAUGCACCGCCCCCUAAAGGACAUUCCAGAGAACUACACCAAAUCAGAAAUAGACCAGACUGUUAAAAUACAGAAAACUGUAAAAGAGAGUUACGUGACCUAUGCAGAUCACCUGCGGCUGGUUGGAGAAAUCAUCAGUGUAGUAGGAGCGCUCAUCAUUCUGCUGCUGGAGAUUCCUGACAUCCUAAGAGUUGGAGCGAAGCGCUACUUUGGUCAGUCGGCGCUCGGAGGACCGUUUCACGCCACUCUGAUCACGUAUGCUGUGAUGGUGGUGUUCCUGUGUAUAUUGCGGACCACUGAGAUGCCGGGUGAGACGGUGCUGAUGGCUUUGUGUUUGGUGCUCGGCUGGUGCAACGUCCUCUACUUCGCUCGAGGCUUUGAGAUGCUCGGGCCGUACGUCAUCGUCAUCCAGAAGAUUCUGUUUGGCGAUUUAACCAAGUUCAUGUGGUUGAGCCUCAUUGCCCUUGUUGGAUUCUCCACAGCUCUGUGGACAUGGUACAUGACUCAGGAUCACCUCUCCAUUCCCUCGUAUCGCUCCUUCCCCAUCACCUUCUUCACCGAGUUUGAGCUGACCAUCGGUCUGAUCGACUUGCCGGUGGACCACACCAUCUACACUCAUCCCGUGGUCCAUGUGGUGCACUGCUGCUUCAGCGUGGUCUCACACCUGCUGCUCCUCAGCCUCCUCACCGCCAUGAUGAGCGACACGCAGUGGAGAGUGAGGCAGGAGCGCGACGAGCUCUGGAGGACUCAGAUUGUAGCCACGACUCUGAUGCUGGAGCAGAGGCUGCCAAGGAGUCUGUGGCCGAGGCUGGGCGUGAGUGGUUUGCUCUAUGGCCUGGGAGACCGCUGGUACCUCCGCGUGGAGGACCGCAGUGACCAGUUUGUGCAGAAGAUCAGGCGCUACGCUAAAAUUCUCUCCCACAAUGAGGAAACCGGAAACAAUCAGAGCCCUCCAAACAACGACAGUGUGCAAGAAGUGAAGGACACUAAGGAAACGAAAGACACCUCACAUCCUGAGCGGAAGUCUCUGCAGUGCUGGGAGAUCCUUCGCCAGAGUGUUCUGCGCGCUGAGAAAAAAAACAAGGAGCAUUUGGACAGUGUUGAAAUGAAAUGUGUGUGAAACCCUGAUCGCAGCAAGAAAGAGAUGUAUAAAUAGUUCAGUUAUUUUAUUCAAUGAAUAAUGUAUUACAUUUAAAAAAUCACAUCACAUCACAUAGACACUGGGUGGGGUUGAAAUGUUGAACCACAAACGACACAAUAGGACUUAAAAUCAUUGUAAAAAGACAAAAGCUCAAAAAAUCUCACUACUUAAUUUAAAGGCAGCUACACUGGCAUUCGGAAUGCAUUCAGUAGGAGAUUCGUUUUAGUGCAAUCAAUUUUUUUUUUUUUUUAGAAAAGUAAAA